CAUAAUCUCCUGGUCCUCCAACCCCUUUUCCCUUGCCCUGACUGUGGCAAAACCUUUGGUUGCCGUUCCCACUUCGGCAAACACCGGCGCGGCCGCACCAAACAACGACCUUACGGCUGCUGGCACCGUGGCAGAACCAUCACUGGCACCUCCAACCUCUACCGAGCCCACCUGGAGACCACCACGACCACCAAGACUUCGCCAAAACCCACCGCGGCCACCGCCACGUCACCAAAACCCAACGCUGGAUCCACGGCGUGGCCGAAACCCACCGACACAUCACCAAAACCCACCACCAGAUCACCAAAACGCACCAGGACGUCACCAAAACCGGUCGCCGUUUCACCAAAACCCACCGCCGUGCCACCAAAACCCAACAGCAGCAAAAGCUCUUCACUGAAACCCAACAACACGUCACCAAAACCCAACAACUCUUCACCGAAACUCAACAACUCGUCACCAAAACCCAACAACUCUUCACCAAAACCCAACAAUUCUUCACCGAAACUCAACAACUCUUCACCGAAACCCAACAAUUCUUCACCAAAACCCAACACCGCCAACAGCGCGUCACCAAAACCCAACACCACGUCACCAAAACCCGACGCCGUGUCACCAAAAGCCAACGCUGGAUCCACAGCGUCACCGAAACCCACCAACACUUCACCAAAACCCAACGCCAUCAGUAGCAAUGGAUCCAUGGCACCACCAAAACCCACCACCACCACCACCGCAUCACCAAACCCCAGCAACGCAUCACUAAAAGCCACCACCCCAUCACCAAAACCAACCACCACCACCAAUGGAUCUACCACGUCACCAAAAACCACCACCCCAUCACCAAAACCCAACACCACCACAUCAGCAUCACCGAAACCCAACACCACGUCACCGAAACCAUCCACCACCACCAGAUCCAUGGCAUCACCAAAACCCUCCACCCCAUCACCAAAACCCACCACCGCCACGUCAGCAUCACCAAAACCCACCACCACCAGCACCACCAAUGGAUCCGCGCCAUCACCAAAACCAACCAGAUCCACAGCAUCACCAAAACCCACCACCCCGUCACCAAAACCCACCACCACCACCACAUCACCAAAACCCACCACCCCGUCACCAAAACCCCCCACCACGUCGCCAAACCCCAACCCCACCUCUCCUUACCAAUGCGCCGAUUGCCAGCGAACCUUUCGCCGUGCCAAAGAAUUGGCCACUCACCGCCGGGCUCACACCGGCCUUUCCCCAUUCCAAUGUUCCCACUGUGGCAAAACCUUCACCUGGAGCUCCCAUUGGGAACGACACCGACGGACCCACACCGGCGAGCGACCUUACCGAUGCGCCGAAUGCGGUAAAAGCUUUGGUAGAAGCUCACACCUUUACCGGCAUCAACGAGGCCACGCCGGUGGUCGUUCCUACAUCUGUACCUAUUGUGGGAGAAGUUUUGGUAGCACCACUCAUUUCGAAAGGCAUCAAAAAACCCACGUCGGGAGGAGGCCUUAUAAAUGUACGAGGUGCCGGAAGAGUUUCGGCGACGCGCCGGCGUUGGUUCGGCAUCAAAGGGGACAUUUGGUGGAAGGGUCGUCGUGGUGUGGCCGUGGGGUGGGGGGAAAAGGGAGGAGGUGUGGGGAUUGUGGGACGGUGUUCUCGUGGAGCUCCCACUGGGAAUGGCAUUGGUGCGGGGAUGGGGGUGAUGGUGGGGGUGGGAGCAACGGUGGAAGCUCCAUGGCUGAUGGUAGAACCUCCAUCUCCCAUGGUGGGGUCUCCAAUGGUGGGAUGUCCAAUGGUGGAACCUCCAAGAUCGAUGGUAGAACCUCCAUCUCCAAUGGUGGGAUGUCCAAUGGUGGAACCUCCAUCUCCAAUGGUAGAACCUCCAUCUCCAACGGUGGGGUCUCCAAUGGUGGGAUCUCCAUCUCCAAUGGUGGGAUCUCCAAUGGUGGAACCUCCAUCUCCAAUGGUGGGAUGACCAAUGGUGGGAUCUCCAUCACCAAUGGUGGGAUCUCCAGUGGUAGAACCUCCAUCUCCAGUGGUGGGAUCUCCAAUGGUGGGAUCUCCAACGAUAGAACCUCCACGACCAAUGGUGGAACCUCCACGGCCAAUAUUGGGAUCUCCAUGACCAAUGGUGGGAUCUCCAGUGGUGGAACCUCCAUCACCGAUGGUAGAACCUCCAUCUCCACUGGUGGGAUCUCCAUGGCAAACGGUGGAAGCUCCAUGGCCAAUGGUGGGAUCUCCAAUGGUGGGAUCUCCAAUGGUGGGAUCUCCAAUCGUGGGAUCUCCAAUGGUGGAUGCUCCAUCUCCAGUGGUAGAACCUCCACAGCCAACGGUGGAACCUCCAUGGCCAAUGGUAGGACUUCCAUCUCCAAUGGUGGGAUCUCCAGUGGUGGGAUCUCCAAUGGUAGAACCUCCAUGGCCAAUGGUGAGAUCUCCACGGCCAAUGGUGGGAUCUCCAACGAUUGGACCUCCAUCUCCAAUGGUGGAACCUCCACGGCCAAUGGUAGAACCUCCAUCACCAACGGUGGGAUCUCCAGUGGUGGCAUCUCCAUCACCAGUGGUGGAAGUUCUGUCUCCAGUGGUAGAACCUCCAUCACCGAUGGUAGAACCUCCAUCACCAACGGUGGGAUCUCCAAUGGCGGGACCUCCAUCACCAAUGGUGGAAGUUCCAUCACCAAAGAUGGUGGGACCUCCGUCACCAAAGAUGGUGGGACCUCCGUCACCAAAGAUGGUGGGACCUCCAUCACCAAAGAUGGGACCUCCAUCACCAAAGAUGGGACCUCCAUGGCCGAUGAUGGGAUCUCCGUCACCAAUGGUGGGACCUCCGUCGCCGAUGACCCCGUUGGCGUCACCAACGACCCCAAUGGCAUCACCAACGACGCCCCCAGUGCCACCAAACCCCGGCGUUGUGGCGAUUGUGGGGUGAUGUUCUCAUGGAGCUCCCAUUGCCGGUGCACCGACGUCGCCGCCAUCGCCAACGAUGGGACCUCCAUCACCGUUGACCCCGUUGGCAGCACCGACGACCCCAAUGGCAUCACCAACGACCCCAAUGGCGUCACCAACUCCACCAAACCCUACCGUUGCGCCGACUGUGGCAAAUCCUUCUCUUGGAGCUCCCAUUGGGAACGGCACCGGUGCACCAACACUGCCGCCAUCACCAAUGGUGGAACCUCCAUCGCCGAUGACCCUGUUGGCAUCACCGAUGACCCCAAUGGCAUCACCAGCGACCUCAUUGGUGUCACCAACGACCCCAUUGGCGUCACCAACUCCACCAAACCCUACCGUUGUGCCGACUGUGGCAAAUCCUUUUCUUGGAGCUCCCAUUGGGAACGGCACCAACGCAUCCACACCGGCGAGAGGCCGUACCGAUGCGGCGAUUGCGGCAAAAGUUUUGGUCGUACCUCACACCUCUACAGGCACCAAAGGAGCCACCAAGGGGGUCGACCCCAUAUUUGUGGGGUUUGCGGGAGGAGCUUUAACAGCACCCUUCAUUUCCUACGGCACCAAAAGGGGCACCGGCAAAACACGGCGAAGCCGCGACGGCGGGCGGCGGUGAUGGCGGAAGCGCCGGAGGAGGAAAAUCUUGGGUUUGGGGGCAAAUUCAUUGGAUUUAGGGUGAAAAUCUUGGGAUUUGGGAUGAAAAUCGUGGGUUUUUGGGAUGAAAUCUUGGGAUUUGGGGUUAAAUCUUGGGAUUUUGGGGCCAGACCUCGCUAUUUCACCCCGUACCCUCGGGAUUUUGGGACGAACUCUUGCCAUCCAGGCACCGACGCCGACUGUGACCCCCACCCCACAGAAGCCGCCCCCCCAGCGCCACCGGGGUCUGGGUCUGGGGUCGGGGGGACCCCCGAUUUGAGGAGGCAGUUGGGGUUGCUGCUGCAGACUGCGGGGCGCUGUCAGGUGGAAAGGAUGCUGCGGGAGCUGGUGCGGGAACAGGGCCCAGGGGGGACCCGACGUGGGAGGAGGAGAGCGGCACGAAACCCCAGGGAUGGAGGUGCCGGCGCUGAGGACCCAUCCCCAAACGGAGCGGAUCCAUCCCCAUCUCCAUCUCAACCAGAACCCGUUGCCAAAACCCAACGCCGCAGCACCAAGAAGAGCGACCCAACGCCGGCGCCGUGCGCCGAAUGCGCCCGCAGUGCCGCCUCCAAACCACGCUGUUGCCUGGGCUGCUCCCGGCGUUGCCGCGCCGCCGUCGUCGCCGCCGAAAAACCACACCGUUGCGUCGAGUGUGGCAAAGGCUUCAGCCGUGGUUCCAACUUGACCCAACACCGACGCAUCCACACCGGAGAACGGCCGCACCGUUGCGGCGAUUGCGGCAAAGGUUUCAUCCAACGCUCCGAUCUGGAGAGGCACCGCCGCGUGCACACCGGAGAGAGGCCGUAUCCUUGCGGGGAUUGUGGGAAGAGCUUCAGUGUCAGCUCACAUCUGGAUCGGCACCGCCGGACGCAUGCAGGAACCGUGGUGGGUAGCCGUAGCACGCAUCGCCCGGUGCCGGUGAAUGACGUCGGUUCAUCGGCGUCGCAUCGGUGCCCGGAGUGUGGCAAAGGAUUUGGCCAACGCUCGGCUCUUUCCAAACACCGUAAGACGCACGGAGGUGAACGGCCUCAUCGAUGUGGGGAUUGUGGCAAGAGUUUCAGCCGCGGUUCUAACCUGACCCAACACCGGCGUAUCCAUACCGGAGAGAGGCCGUUUGCUUGCGGUGAUUGCGGCAAAGGUUUCAUCCAACGCUCUGAUCUGGAGAGGCACCGCCGCGUGCACACCGGAGAGAGGCCGUAUCAGUGUGGGGAGUGCGGGAAGAGUUUCAGUGUCAGCUCACAUCUGGAGAGGCACCGGAAGAUCCACGUGGCCGAGCGGUGCCAUGAGCACGUGGAGGAGUUUUUGGCUGCGCACCGACACGGCCGGGCUUAUAAAUGUGGGGAGUGCGGGCGCUGCUUUGGCCAAGGGGCCGCGUUGCUGAAGCACCAGCGGGCUCACGCCGGUGGGCGCCCACCACCCCAUCAGUGCUCCCAUCAGAGCGAUGGGGACGGGGAUGGCACGGCGACGCCGGCGCCUCCGGAGAAGCCCUACAAGUGUGGGGAUUGCGGGAAGGGCUUCGGGCAGCGUUCGGCCUUGGUGAAACACCGGAGGAUCCACACCGGGGAGAAGCCGUACGCCUGCGGGGAUUGCGGGAAGGGUUUCAUCCAAAAGUCAGAUCUGACCAUCCACCGACGGAUGCACACCGGAGAGAAGCCGUACCGCUGCGGGGAGUGUGGGAAGUGCUUCAGUGUCUCCUCCAAUCUCCUCACCCAUCGGCGUACCCACCUCGGAGAGAAGCCCUACGGCUGCCCUGAAUGUGGCAAGAGCUUCAUCCAACGCUCUGAGCUCACCAUCCAUCGCCGUGUGCACACUGGAGAGAAGCCCUACGCCUGCCCAGCCUGUGGCAAAUGCUUCAGCCGGAGCUCCCAUCUCAACCGGCACCGGCGCACCCACGCCGGGGAAAAGACCCCCGCGCCGCCCCCCGCUGACCUCCGAGCCGACGUUGGACCCCCACCCUUCCCCUCCACCGGACCCCCCCUGCCGUUGUCCCCCCUGGAGCUGCCCUGGGCUCUCUCCUUCCCCGCCCGAGCCUUUGUGCCCCCUGGGUUCCCACCGCCUGCCGCUGCAGCACCCGGAGCUCCAGCGUCGUCCCUGGCCGAGUGAGCGCGGCACGGGGAGCUGCAGGUCACUGUGUUGGGGGAAUGAUGGCUGGUGGGAUCCGUCAGUUCCCAUUUCCAUGUCUAUGUGAGGACACCGACCCGUUGGGAUCCAUCAGUUCCCAUUUCCGGGUCUGUUUGGGGACAUCCAUCCAUUGGGAUUCGUCAGUUCCCAUUUCCGGGUCUGUUUGGGGACAUCCAUCCAUUGGGAUCUGUCAGUUCCCAUUUUUGGAUCUGUUUGGAGACAUUGACCCACUGGAAUCUGUCAGUUCCCAUUUUGGGGUCUGUUUGGGGACACUGACCCACUGGGAUCCGUCAGUUCCCAUUUCCAUGUCUAUAUGAGGACUUUGACCUGUUGGGAUCCAUCAGUUCCCAUUUCCAUGUCUGUUUGAGGACACUGACCCAUUGGGAUCUGUCAGUUCCCAUUUUUGGGUCUGUCUGGGGACAUUGACCUGCUGGGAUUCAUCAGUUCCCAUUUUUGGGUCUAUAUGGGGUCAUCCAUCCAUUAGGAUCUGUCAGUUCCCACUUCCACGUCUAUACUGGGGACAUCCAUGCAUUGGGAUCCAUCAGUUCCCAUUUCCAUGUCUAUGUGGGGACAUCCACCCACUGGGAUUCAUCAGUUCCCAUUUCCAGGUCUGUUUGGGAACAUCCAUCCAUUAGGAUCCAUCAGUUCCCAUUUCCUGGUCUCUUUGAGGAUGCUGAUCAUUUGGGAUCCAUCAUUUUCUCCCUUCACAUCCCUUUGGGGACAUCCACCCACUGGGACAUGCCUGUCCCCAGCUCCAGUCCCACUGUGGGACAGCUGAUAGUAGGGAUCCAUCCGUUCCCAUUUCCAGCCACAUCGGGAUCCAUCCCAACACUUCUUUGCCUAUUGGGCUCACUGCAAUCCCACUGGGAUCCAUCCUAAUAUCUCUAUAUCCAUUUGGGAUCACCACGAUCCCAUCAGGAUCCAUCCAUCCCAACACCUCUGUGUCCUUUGGGAUCUCCCCAGUCCCAUUGGGAUGAUUCAUCCAUCCCAAAAACUCUGUGCCCACUGAGAUCACUCCAAUCCCAUUGGGAUCUCCCCAAUCCCACAGGGAUCCCAUUGGGAUUCAUCCCAACGCUUCCAUGUCCAUUUGGGAUCACUCAGAUCCCAUUGGGAUUCAUCCCAGUACCUCCAUGUCAUUUGGGAUCACUCAGAUCCCAUUGCGAUUCAUCCCAGUACUUCCAUGUCAUUUGGGAUCACCAUGACUCCAUUGGAGUCCAUCCCAACACCUCUGCGCCCAUUGGGAUCAUUCCAGUCCCACUGGGAUCCAUCCCAACACUUCGUGUCCUUUGGGAUCUCUCAGAUCCCACUGGGAUCCAUCUCAAUGCCUUUAUGCCCAUUGGGAUCUCUCCAAUCCCAUUGGGAUCUCUCCAGUCCUAUCAUGAUCUAUCCCAACACUUUGGGAUCUCUCCGAUCCCAUGGGGAUCCACCCCCACCCCUCU